UUGCCGUCACCGCGUCCGUCCGCAUAGUAAGGCCGCCGCGCGCUCCCGCCGGUGGAAGACUAGUGGUGACGAUAUUCUGGUGGUGGUGCUGGUGAUUGGUGAUUGGUGGUGGACCACGGUGGUAGUGGUGUUGGUGCUGGUGAUCACCCAUGGGUGGUGGUGUUGGUAAUUGAUACUUGGUGAAUACCCGCGGAUGGUGGUGAUAGUGCUUGGCCAAUGGCCACUGGCCACGGCCUGUCGGUGGUGAGCCGCUGCCAUGACCAGCCGCCUGGCGCUGUGCACCGUGGCUCUCCUUGCCGCCAUCCAGGUGAGCAGCCAGGACACCCUGUACCGCGGUCAGAUCCCGAAGCGGGCCGGCCGGCCGCCACGGCCGCAGGUGGAGGACCCCUCAGCCUAUGACAACUACGUGUCGCCGGACGGCGGGCCGGUGGCCCUGCCGCUGGUGGCCGGCCUGCCUCCCGUCGGGCCGCCGCUGGCCCACGGCGCGCUGCCCCCGCCGCCACCACUUCCCGUCAGGACGUACCAGCCCAAACCCUUCGUACCCCGCGAGCGUAAACAGGUGCAGAAGCUGCAGCCCGCCGGUCCCGUGCUCUACACCGCACCCGAGGGCAAACUCCACGAGCCCCGCUACGGCAGUGGCAUCGACAUCCAGGACCUGAGCAAGAUCCCCGGCUAUCCCGGAAAGGACUAUCCCGUGCUGGCAUACGUGCCGGAGACCAAGUUCACGUGCGACUCGGUGCCCCACCGGCCGGGCCUCUACGCCGACGUGGAGACCGGCUGUCAGGCGUACCACAUCUGCGAGGAGGACAACCGUCACGGCUACACGGGCGCCAACUUCCUCUGCACCAACGGCACCAUCUUCAACCAGUACGAGCUGACGUGCGACUGGUGGUACAACGUCAACUGCGCCGACUCCGUCAACCUCUACGAGGUGAACCUGGACCCGUACAAGAACCCGUAUCUGACCACCCCGGAGAAGGAGGCAGAGAAGGCAGCCCGUCAGGCCCAGCCGUACGUUUAACGCCCCCCUCGGUGGUGGGACGACCGCCAAGGGCCAGCGGCUGGGAGCAGUGUAUUUAUGUAAAUCGGAUCACUUUACACUUGUACACGAGGUGCCAAGAGGCGAAAAUGUGCUGUAAUAUAGACAUGUAAAUGGGAAGGCUACCGAUUGGUGUAUGUUGUAGAUUGCGGAUGCAUCUUUGAAUACGUCUGGUGUUGUAUCACCUCUGAAAUACAUUGCCUACAUGUAUAUGCGAGCUGGAUGACAAAUAUUUAUGUAAAUGUUUGGCCUACCCACAAUACAAUACACGUGUUCAUAGAAGCGUACAA